AUGGGGAACUGUUUCAAGCGUCAAUCGGCCGCUACAUGGGUAAACGAUGACGAGGACUGGGCGUGGGCGGAUGCCGGCGAUUGCCGGCGGCGGCCAUCCGACAAGGCGGCGGUGGAGAGCGGAAGACCGGAGGAGCACGAUACAUUUCUAGAGAAGGGGGAAACUCUGCAGCAGAAUACGGAGGUGAAGAUUAAGAUCAACAAGAAGCAACUAGAGAAGAUUCUAGCUGAAGUUAACGGCCAGGGGUUGCCCCUUCACGAGGUUCUUGCCCGCCUAAUGACCGACGCCGCAGCCGUCGACAUUGAGGACUUCAACGACCGCGCCCGACACUGGCGACCCGCUCUUCAGAGCAUCCCUGAGAUGGCGGAGUAG